AUCUGACAUAGUGUGCGCAAGAUACAGGGCUCACAAUACAGCUUCCCUAUUCUGUAUUUCAAAUAUGAACGGUCCAAACCUUUGAUAUCCGUUCCCCUUUUGCUUUGGCUCCGAGGCAGGAGAGAGAUGCAGGCAUUGGCUUUGGGGACUGGAGUUGCUCGUCUAGGGUUCAGCAAUGGCGGCCAAAGGCCAGGAGAGCCCAAAGCAAGAAACAGGGCAUCACUGGUUGGAGUUCAGGCAGUGAAAAUGGCCGAUGAGCUGAGGAGAAGAGACGCUCUUAGCUUCGGUUUCUAUAACCUAUUCUCUCAAGUAUUUCAGGGCCUCUGGAACAAGGAGGAAGCCAUGGCUGAGGAAGCUUCAUGUUCUCUUAUCACCACCCCUUCGGGUCUCUCUUACUGUGAUAAAUUGCUGGGUUAUGGCGCGGCUUCUCAAGGGCAGAGGAUAAAGGCACAUUAUGUAGGAAAGUUAGAGAAUGGGCAAGUGUUUGAUAGUAGCUAUGACCGUGGAAGGCCUCUAAUAUUUCGUGUGGGUGUUGGAGAGGUCAUCAAAGGGUGGGAUCAGGGUAUUGUAGGUGGUGACGGAAUUCCACCCAUGCUUGGAGGUGGGAAAAGAAUAUUGAAGAUUCCUCCGCAACUUGGUUAUGGCUCCAGAGGUGCUGGGUGUAGAGGAGGUUCAUGUGUCAUUCCACCUGAUUCAGUUCUUUUAUUUGAUGUCGAGUUCAUUGGCAAGGCCUGAGAUAUGGCGGAUACAAGAUUUUGAAGGACUUCCUUAUAAAGGCUGCUAAAUAAUAGUUGCUGUUUGACCCUGGAACUUUUUCUCAAUCUCAACCAUCACACUCAUUGGUAAUAACUAUAUAUCAGUGUAAGUUCUAUGUCAUGACCCUUUUACUGUGCAUGUCUAUUUCAAAUGAGUUGGAAUUGCCUAUGUGUAUGUUUUCUUUGUGCAUUCAAAUGUAAAUAAACUGGAAUUAAAGAAUUAUAUAUUCUGUGAGAAUCUUUCAUAUUCUCUUACAUUUCAUAUCAUUCCAGUGUUCAGCAGCAAUUUUAUUUGGCCUGUUAACUAUUUUCUAUGUGAAUAGGUUUUUAAGUAAUUGUAUCAUCUGAAGUUUUCCAUGAAGUGGCCAAAGUUUUUUAUUACUUUUUGGAGGUACAUAUUUUAAUAAAGUUGUGUUGUUAUCUGAAUGAGUUAAGAAAUCAAGUUGUAUUGUUAUCUGAACGAGUUAAGAAAUCAAAUUGUUUCUGAAUUAGUUGAGAAAUCAAAUUCCCAAUAAGAUAAAAAUGAAGUUGAGAAAUCACUUCUAUAUAUGCCUGUUGAGUGAAUAAAGCCAUAUUGUAACUUUGUUUAGUCACUCUUCUAUUCACGUUCCUGGUAUUUUAGUCUUGCUCAUCUUAAUUGGCUAGUUGAUUAUGUUUUUUAAGUCACCAUUGACCUGCCUGGUUGUUUCCUGCAGGAUUUGAGAACUGACUAAAUAUUUUAACUAAGCAGCCUUGUAUUCUUCAAGCAAAGCAUUAUGUUUCAAGUGGUGAUUUUAGAUGUAUUGUAUUUUUCUGUUGUUUUUGCUUUUAUUAGUCACGAUUUACAUUUUAUGUUCUCAUUUUCAUUGGGUGUUAUCUUAUCUCCAUGACUUUGAUCUUUCCUCA